CGGAAGCUUUACUCGGCCCCAUCUUCAUCAUGUUCACCGGCCUCAUCGAACACCUUGGGACAGUUUCCGACAUUGUGGUCGAUGCUGGCGGAUGCACUCUCGUAGUCUCCGACUCUGCACCAAUUCUGGUUGACUGCAACAUUGGCGACUCCAUUGCUGUCAACGGUGCCUGUUUAACAGUUACAGAAUUUGACAAGACGGCAUCUGGAGGAUACUUCAAGGUCUGGCUGGCAAAUGAGACAUUGGAGCGAACUGAUCUAGGUGAACGCCGUGUCGGUGAUCAGCUCAACCUAGAGCGUGCAAUGGCGCCUCAUGUGAGAUUCGGUGGUCAUUUUGUACAGGGCCAUAUCGACACCACAGCGACUGUCAUUGACCGCUCAGCUGAUGGUGACUCGCUACGUCUCUCUUUUGAGCUCCCCAAGCCCUCGGAAUCUCGGCCGUCUUUGCUUCCAUACUUGAUUCCAAAGGGCUACGUUACCAUUGACGGAACUUCGCUGACGUUAACGGACGUAAAUGACACCAAGAGGACGUUCAGUGUCAUGCUCAUCCAGCACACUCAGGAGAAGAUUACCCUUAGCAAGAAGAAGAUUGGGGCCAAGGUAAAUAUUGAGGUGGACAUGGUUGGGAAAUAUAUCGAGAAGAGUGUCUCUGCCGCUCUCGCUGGGGAGGGAGGGCAGCUACGGCCUCUAAUCGAGAAAGUCGUAGCAGACGUGUUGGCAAAGAAGGGUAUCAAUUAGUAGAAAUAUGUUGUAUGAAUAUUUAUGCAAAGCAAAAUAUUACAGGCCAAGAGGAGAGUAAAUAUUGUUG